AUGCAUAGGGUCUGAAAUUGGUUACAACAAGAUACCCAGAGCAGGCAUUCAGUACACAAUGGUGGGUACAAAGAAUGGGGAAAAGACUGCAUGCUUUCCUGCCAUCAACGAGUUUUCAUUUCAAGACUAAGAAAAACAUGGAUUACAAAGACAACUAAUGACAGAGUUCGGAUAUUAUCAAAAUCAAGUAGCACAACUAGCCCACCAUAAUAAAUGCUACCAAUGGAUGCCAAAACAAUUUUUUUGAAAGCCUGUUGUACCUUUCUUGCAGGUGAUAUGCUUCUGUGUGUCUUGAAAUCAUAAUUUUGAACGUCAACGGAUUUCCAGUUCUUUAAAUCAUCCAAGCAAGAAAGAAGUUGCUCAGUGUCAAAGGCAUCUGAAAACAGGAACUGGAGAACAUCAAAAGAGCCAAAAACACGAGUCCAAGUGAGAUGAUACAACAGUUCCAACGUUGCAAAAAUGUUGGUCAGCACUUAUAACUGAAAUGAAAAUGUUUCAUUUCACCAAAAAAAAUAUAAUGAGCGACACCAUGAUCAUAUUAAGUGAUUUUUGAUAGAAACAUUGCGGAUUUUGGCUGACAACAGUUGGUGGAUGACGCCUUCAGGUAAAAUGUACAGAAUUAGAUUCAGUACUAAACUAUGUACUUGAGUUCCAUGAUAUUACGGUUCUCAUUCUCUUCAAUCUCUCAAUAACAUGA